GACACAGGCACUCCAAACCCUGUCUGUGCUUGGUAUAUUAGGCAGCCAGUGCUCUUGGCUGUGAGCCCAGACGAGGCUUUUGUAAUCAAAACAUGAUCUUGUAUGCUGUGCAACCAGUGCUGAGAAAGGCCGUCUGAUGGCUCUCCUCUUUUAGCUCUGCUCUGGAAUCCGCCGGGCUGCGCCGAUGUCCAACAUGCACCGAGCUGAUGCUGCUGUGGAUGAUGUCGUGUUAAGGAAGAAAGAGCAGAAAGAUGUCGAGCUCGAUAAGAAAAUCUUGGCCUUGCGGAAAAAGAACGAAGCGCUGAUCCGAAGGUACCAGGAAAUAGAAGAGGACAAAAAGCGAGCAGAGCAGGAGGGAAUGGCUGUUACCUCCAGGAGACCCAAGCAGGAUGGACUCACUAUUACCAUCACCAAAGCUCACAACGACCUGAAAGAUGCAAUUACCCAGACUGAACACUAUGGACAAGAUAGCCCAGCCCUCCCGAUGGACAAAAGGGUGGUGAGUGAGAAAUGGGCAAGCCCCUGUCCUACGAGCCCUGCGUUCGGCAUUGGCAGUGAGGAGGAGGAGGAGGAGGAAGCAGAUCAUAUGUUCACAUUCAGGAUGGGGAAGAGGAUGCAGCUGGCUGUUACCAUGGACAACAAAGCAAAGGGCAAGCGGAUCGUCAGCGAGAAACGUGCCGAGAGCUUCCCCGGCCCGGGCCGGGUGCCAGAGCUGGGCGAGGAGGACACGGACCACUUGGUGGCUUUCCGGCGGGGCAGGAGGAUGCAGAUUGCCAUCACCAUGGAUAACAAGGAAAAGGCAGAGGAGCGGAGAACAGCAGAGAAGAGGAGAUCAGACAGUGACAGAGGCCCAGAAAGUGAGCACAGCCGGAAGGAUGGUGGGAAGUCAGUGCAGAAGAGCCCUGGAGACGGGAGUUUCCCCAUGACUGGCCGGGAACGCUCCGAGUACAUCCGCUGGAAGAGGGAGAGGGAGCAGAUUGACCUGGAGCGCCUGGCACGGCACAAGAACGCCAAGGGCGAGUGGCGGCGGGCUUGGGAUGUGGAGAAGUCGGAGCACAUGUUUGAAGAGGACUUUGUUAAGGAUGGGGAGCCAGCCUUGGAUAAUCCCAGCAAUAAGAAAGGGGGAAGAAAUGCAAGGAAAUUUCAGCACAGGUCCUUUCCUGCCGAUGGCAGAGGUGGAGGACACCACGGGGUGAACGUGAGCGACCCUGGCCCGAAGGCAGUGCCCGCCGUGAGCAGCCGUGCCAAGGGGAAGGACAGACUGACGGGCAGAGCCAGGAGGUGGGAUGCAAAAGAAGGCGAGGACAUGUCUUUUCUGAAGGAUGACCUUGAUGGCCAGAGGAGCCUUGGUGUGGACAAGCGGAAGAGCAGAGGAGAGGAGGGGGUGGAAGAGAACUGCACAGCUGAGCAGGAGGAGAAGGGGAAGCAGCCAAGCCUCCAGGAUCACGGGGCCUCCUCGUCCCAGCGGCUGCGAAGGGAAGGGGGGAAGGUCCAUCCUGCCCACAACGGGCAGAAGGAGGAGCGGAGAGGGGUGAAGGGCUGCAGCACGGAGGUGUCUGUGACCAGCACAGGGGACUCAGAGCCAGGGCCCAAGCCAAGCAAGGAAAGUGUUGGGGAAGAUGCCAAUGGGAAGCCUGGCACCGCUGACACCUCCCAGGAGAAGGAGAGCACUGGCAGCACUGCUCCUGCGAGCAGCCUCCCAAGCACUGUGCCAGCCACCAGCGAGGAGACUUUGUCCCUGCCCAUGGGAACAAAUGUAGAUGGAGCUGGAUCAGAGAAAAACCCAGUUUCACAACAGGAGUCCUCCCAGGACUCCUCAAACUGCCACGGAGAACAGCUGGACACAGCAGCAGGAGACAGACUGGAUGCAGAUCAAGGACAGCCGGUGAGCAGAGGAGGGGAGGAAAUGACCCAAAGCACUGCCCUGGAGGGGCAGGCACUUGCACUGAAAGGAGAAGAUGCUGAAGGCACUGAACACCAGGAGCCUUUGCCCCCAGGGAAAGCCAGCUCUGACAAGACUGUUGUGCCUGAGCAGGACACAGCAAAGUCCCAGUCCGGAGAAGGGGACCAGCCUGAGGACUGCAAGGACAAGGACACUGGGGAUGCCCUCAACUAGCACAGGUUACACCGGCUUGCCUGAGACAGAAGAGGAACAGCUCCAGUUCAGAAUACUGAUCCUUUUGGGAAGUGCUGAACUCCUGGGCUAGCUAAGCUCCCUCACCCAAAAGCUUCCUGCAGCGAUGCCAGGGAGACAAGGGGCACUUUUUCAUCGAGGCAUCAAAGCCACCACCUCAUCACCACUGCACUUUCCUCACAAGCAAACGUGUUGGCAGCUCAGGGAUUUGGUGGAAGUUAUUCCAGCUCUUCCAGACCCCAGGGAAGCAGCAGCACUCCCAGGCAGAAUGCUUUUUCCUUCAAAGGAGCAGCUUGCCACUAGACACUCUUCUUCUUGGUAAAAUGUACCAUCAAUUGCAACACAGCAACUUGGUAGCUAAAACUAUCAAAAUUGAUCCCAGACCAGGGAGUCAGCUCUUAUAUAAAGAGACCAAUUUAAAACACCUCGAGCCAAGGACAGAAAUACAUCUGGACAAAGUUGGAGAUACUUGUUCCCAAAGCAAUUACUUAGGGAGGCAACAAUAUAAAACCCUGACAGGAGUUCCAGCUCUCCAUUCCCACCUCAGCAAGUCCAAUACCUGCAGCAAGAGCACACCCAGGUCACUAAGCAGUAAAGCCCUACAGUCUCUAGGAGUACAAAUAACAGAACAAUUCACUGAUGUCCCCACCAGUCCCCCUCCAAUAUACUGGUUGCAGAUGGCAGAGGGGGCUGGCACUUAGUCAGCGGGUUCGUAUUUUAAGUGCAUAAUACAGCAGUUGGCGCUUCCUAAGUCAGUGAGAGGCCCAGAGCAGCAGCAGGAUACAGCACUGCUGGGAAGUUCAGGACACUGCCUGCUGCCUUCCCUGGAAAGGUUGUGCAGCAACAGCUCGACCAGCUCACGGGCUCAGCAGCCACUGGCAGGCGAUUCUGGGAAUUCUGCGGCCGCUUCCUGCUCCCACCAUCCCAGGGCAGUGACAGCAGCUGACCAGACACAGGGCUUUCCCAAAACUGCCUUCCAACACCCGUGGAACAACCAGAAAACCAACUUCACCUCCUUAGCUUCACACUCCAGCUUGGCUAUGUUUCUUACCCCAUUCCCUUCUCCACACGCUCCGGCAGCUCCAGGACUCAAAGCCAGCCAUCGGCAACUGCCCCCAGAGCAGCCACUGAGACCAGCUUGGAGUUCCCUGAGGGAAAUGCCUGAGGCCCAGAAGCAGCCCCUGAUUUUGCCAUCAUGGCUACACCACAUGAUUGCUUAUCAGCUCCGCUCAUGGACUGAGCCAAACCUCCCUGUCAGAAACACGGCCCAGGAAUGUGGGAUUGAGCAGACUUGCAUUGCAUCAGCUGAGCCCACGAGAGAAUGUGCGUGGGGAAAAGGGAGCUCUUAGAGAUGGAAACUGUAGCCAGCUGCUGGAGUGCAUCACACGCUCCACUAACUCUUCUUCCAGCUUUUCCCCUUCCUUCUGGUCCCUCUGCACGUGAGUUACACCAAAUGCUCUCCUUGAACAAACAGGGCUCACUGGGACAAGCCCAGUGUGCACAGGCAAAGGGCAAGUAUUGAAUGUCAAUCAACAGGGGUGAGCCAGAGGCACCUGCCUGCAAGGAGACAGCCCAGGAGGCUUGGACAAACACCCUCUCCUCCCUCUGCCACAAUUCUUUAAAGGCUCUUAGAGGACAAAAAGCUGCAACUCAGGCCCUAAAUGAUACAGAGACUCAAAGCUUGGGGGAAAAGUUGGCAUUACAGAAUUAUCUUCAUGUUUAAUCAAUAAAAAAACGAAGUAAAAAAAUGGAAGCGCAGAUGCCAGAAUUCCAGCCGUGUGCUUACAGCCCUCAUGCCUUUACAGGAGCGUCCCAGAGUCAGGAGUCCUGAGACUUGUCAGCUUCCUUCUCUCACUAAAGCAAAGGGUAUUUCCCUCACAUCUGAGGAGCUCCUUCACCCAAACUGACUUUCAGCCAUCUCCCUUCCGCACCAACACACACGCUGGGAAUUUGGCACCAUCCUCUUGGCAGGUAACAUGCAGGACAGCAGUUGUGUGAAGGGAAUAAUCCUCCCCAGCAAUGCUAAAGAAACAACAUCCUGGAUCAUGGGGUUGCAGCCAUUUCCAUCUAGGAAGCCACACACCACCCUGUGCCUUGUCUUGCCUGAUACAAUCACACCAAGUGAACUGAAUGUUUUUAUUUUUUUGAGGAGCAAUGAAGGGAAAGGCUGAACUGGAGCUGAAGUAACACAACAGACCACACAACCAAUGGCCUUUUAAACCUCAGCUUUACCCCAGACUGGUGACUGCACCAUUUAAGGGCACUAAAACAAUUCUGUUGGGAUGCAGAUGACACUCUCAGUACAACAUAAUGCAAAAAUUCCCAGUCCAAGCUGUUCUCUGUUGCAGCCAACCUACCUCCCAAGAAAUCCCUAAUACCCUGAACUUUAAAUUAGCUUACACCUAGAAACCAGUCUAGACGAGCCCUUUUUGUCACUAGAAGUAUUUGCAAAGUGUACUUAGUCACCAAUUUCUUUGACAGUCUGUCAUGAUGACAGUCACAAGCGCAGCAACGGGCUCAUCACGGGCUGGCAGCAGCAUCCCGACGGGAACACGUCUGCCUCCAGAGGGCUACAAUGCCUGGCUAGGGAAAGGAUGGGGAACAGAUUGUAGCUGAAGAAUCUGGGCCCUGGAGAUUUGGAAAACCAAAUCACCUGAGCUGCCUGGCCCUUAGGCUGGCAGCCCGUGAUCCUCCUGCAUCUCCCCCAGGCCACCUCCCCUCCCUGGCUCAGUACAACCGGAGUAAGGCCACGGGAUGCUCCAAAGCAGUUGUAACAGGUACAGAAAUAGCAGCAUUUCAGUGAGAUCUGUUUGUCAGCAGAGGAGAAGAUGCAAAAACACAGUCUGGGAACUCAUCAAGCCUGCACUUUCCUCCAGGAAUGCAGACAGCCACAACCAUCCUCGUACUGGCUCAUCAACUAUUUUUAGCAGCAGUAAGGGAGGCAGCCAUCAGGAAAGGGCCUGUUCCCUUUGAUCCACAGAUCCAAGCACUGUCCCAGAGAUCCUCUGCCCCCAAACCCACAAACCAGGUAAAGAGCUGUAGGCUGUUCCUGCUCCCAAGUACGAGGCAUCUCUCGGCAGUUCCACGGCAGGUUGGAAGAGGGCCACGCAGCCCAUUUCAUUCCACUCACUUCCUCUCCCUCCCGCGCCACGCAGACGGCUCGAUGAGUCUUCUGAGAGCAAUUGGAGUUAAACUGAAGGAUGUCAGGGGGCCCUGGAAACCAGCACAUGUUGGACGCACCACUCAGAGCCACUACAGAGCGCCCAAGCUGCAGGCCAGGAGCAGAGAAAUCCCAGGAUCUGUGUCAUCCCACCCAGCUUUAUUUAUCUCCAGAGGUUUUACGAGAUAAACAUGAGCUCCUUCUCAGAGACACUUCCCAACUGGUUCUGCGUUUAGCACCCGAGCCAAGGAACAGCCUAAACUGAACUGGCACCACAACGAGCCUGGUUUGUUUCUCUGUCACUCAUUCCUCCCUCGAGGAGCUGCAGAAACCUUCCCCUGCAACCAGAGGUGUAUCCCAAGGACAGCAAAUGGCACCGCUGUCACCAGGACCCAGAGCUACCGUGGGCAUGUGCAGCCCCACGGACAGGGAUGAACCCACUGCCGGCAGAGCCAGCAGGGAACCAAAGCCACUCACAGAACAGACACCGUGGGGUGUCCAGGAGCUGGUGCUGCCCCGGGACAGCUCAGCCUUCUGCUGCUGUGCAUAUUCGGGCUCCAGCCCCUCUCCAGCUCCUCCACCUGCCCCGCAGGAGGGUGGCACUGAUCCCAUUUUGGCUGAAGCGACUAAGCGGGAUCGUUUUGUCCUCCCCACCAGCCUUCCGUUCUAACAACACACAGCCUUCCCCACUCCAGACAACUGCCAAGGACAGUGAAAAGAAGAUCCCAAAGCACUCUCUCCCUGCAAGCUCCUGCUUCUACCUUCCAAGAACGCUGUAAAGACAAUGCCCAGCUGACACAGCCCUAACACAGCACCACGGCCCCAAACACCCUGAUUUCGGUACAAAACAGCUCUUUUCAAACACCAAGUGCCAUAUUUUAUGGUACCUUUGUGAUCUGCACAACUGAAAUACGUACGCUGCGUGACAGCACAUCUUAUCCCUCAGCAGAGGGGAUCUGAACCGCUGGGAUUGUUUCACAGGGAUGCAGCACAGCCUGGCAGCCUCACUGAUUCAGCCAAAUCCAUCCACCUGGAAAGCAGCAGCCUGGAACAACACAGCUCUUAUGGUUUCCUAGUUGAUAUCCCACAUCCCGGAGUCAUUAAAGGCCAGUUUUUUGCUCAAGGAAUGGAACAUUUCUGAAGACUACAGGGCAGGCAAACACUGGGAGGAGAGGCCGCCCAGGGCACAUCAGGAACCGCCGGGCCAAGACCUGCCCUGGCUCCGGGUGCCCCCAGGGCACAGGGAUGAUCCAUAAGCACUGCCACCCCUCACAGGCAGGAGGGCAGGAGCACGGGGGUACAACCAGGACACAGCUCAGAGCCCACCACCACAGCUCCACCUGCUCUGCCAGCACAGAUCCAAGCUUUCCAGCACCACCGCUUCCUUUCCACGAGCAGCAGGAUUUAAGCACAUAUGGAGGUUUCUCCAGCCUUGCCUAUGGAGACAAAUGAAUCAACAUCAUAUACCACAGUUCCCAUUGCAGCAGUCAAAUUUCUGCUACUCAAGAGCCCUUCCAGUUCAGCAUUCCUCCUCCCACCACCGAAGAGAACAUACUGUGUUACAGAGACUUUCAUAUUGGG